AUGCAACUGAAAGCAAAAAGUUGGUCGGAUGGUUAUCAGCCUUUCUCUAGAAUUCAAUGGAUUGGCAUCACGGUUCUUUUCUUGACUACUGGAUUAACCACUCAAAGCCCCACUGAUCUGAUGCGUCGAAAUCCACCACCACAACCAGCUGGCCCUAAACCUGCUAUGGGUUGGAACUCUUUCUGGCCUCUUGGAUGUGGUAAACACGUGAAUCAGGAUGAGCUCAGAAAGCAUGCAGACUUACUGGUUGGGACGGGACUUACCGCUGCGGGAUACUCUACUUUAAUAGUUGAAUGUGGUUGGGAGGACUGGCCUGAUAAGGAUGGCUCACCAACCAUCAAACAAAGGACUUUCAAAAAUGGCCUCAAGCCUUUUACUGAUUAUUUGAACUCUAAGGGACUCCACUUGGGCUUUGGUACAUGGGCAGGACCUCAGUUGUGCAGAAGAGGCCGGCACAAAAAAUUUCACGGCGGUGACCCUCCCAGCGAUCUGAAAAGGUACGUUGGGAAACUGGUCGAAUGGGGUGUGGGGUAUCUUUCACAUAGACCUUGUGACUUGGCAUCACCCGACCGACUGCAACAUCCUGACCAAGCUUCUCCAUUGAAUUCUCGUUAUGUUCAAAUGGAAGAUGCAAUUCGUGAUUCAAAAGUUAAACUCUUUUAUGCCACCGGACAGUGGGGUGCUUCCCCCGAGGUUAAAAACCAACCAAGAGCCAAUAGUUGGAGAAUAUCAUAUGAAUCCCGCGAUAACUGGAAUUCUUUUAUUAGGACUUUGAACGCAUUAGUUCCGAAUGCCCCUAACACGCGCCCUGGAUCAUUCGCCGACCUUGGAUUUCUUCAAUUGGGGAAAAAUAAGCAACCUACGUUGGAAAUGAUAACGCAGUAUGCUUUUUGGGCUGCCGCAAAAUCUCCCUUAAUAUUUUCCACCGAUCUAUCCAAACUUCAUGCAGACUUCAUUGAGUUUCUCAAAAACCCUGGACCAAUUGCCAUAAACCAAGACGAAUUGGGCAAAAGUAUUACCUUCAAACGCCGUUACGCCGACGACAAAGAUAUUUGGAGCGGGCCCUUAAGUGAUGGUAGCACUGUCGCAGUCAUCAUCAACUGGGAGUAUGACACUUCAAAAAAGCAAAUCAACCUUGCAGACAUGGGGUUUUCAUCUGCACACGUGUAUGAUAUAUGGCAUGGAAAGUAUUUAGGAGCCGUUAAUAGCACCUAUAACGCCACUGUUGGAGGUCAUGGGUGCCUGUUUUUAAAGCUAAAUGACACCAAACCAGCCCCCAAACCACAGUUUAAGCGCUUUCCAGCCGAAACAGCUGAUUUAAUGGGUUCGGCAAGAUUGAAGGACGUUACUCCUAAAAUUAAAGCAGUAUCUUUGAUCAGCCCUAAUGGGGGCGGUGGAGCUCGCUGGACUAUUCCCGGCCAAAUGCAGGGAGAUGUCCUAGUCAGCUUUGAUUAUAUUAACGCUCAGUGGGCACCAGGCGAUAAUGAUUAUUCAAAAUUAAACUUCAAGCGCGUGGUCAUCACAGUGAAUGACGAGAAAAAAGUCAUUGCAGACUUUCCAGUAUCCGGCCUGCUUUGGGACGAGGUUUACGAAGGAUUUCUUGUCUCUCUCCCCUUAAUGCCCGGAGACAAUAAAGUCUUGGUUGAAGGAGUCGAUGAAUGGGCUCCAGACUUUGUUGCUUUAUCUGUGGAGCAGAAGCCAGAGCAAGCCGGUUGA